AUGAGCAACAACGAUGGAGCUGCUCCAAAUGACACAGAAAAUGCGUCCAUUCCAUUAGAAACUUCAAUAAGAGAGAAGCUGCAAAAGUUGCCUCCUCUGUCUCCGUCAUGUUUUAUUUACAGAGUUCCAGAGAGGUUUAGGCUUCGAGAUAAUCCAAAUGUCUACACACCUCAAGUAGUCUCUAUAGGUCCAUUACACCGUGGCAAGGAAACAUUACAAGACAUGGAAGAGCACAAAUACAGGUACCUACAACAAUUUCUAGAUCGCACCGAGGAAAACUUAUUAGUGUUAUAUACAAAAAUAAGGGACCAAGAAGCAGAUCUGCGUAGUUAUUAUGCAGAAAAUAUAAAAUUUUGCAGUAAUGACUUCGUAACUAUCAUGCUUGUGGAUGCUGCAUUCAUCAUUGAGCUCUUUUUGAACCACUAUUUCAACAUAGCUAAUAGCACAGACCGGAUAAUGAGCGCACCAUUUCUGAUAAAUGACAUCAGUUCUGAUUUGCUUUUGCUUGAAAAUCAACUUCCAUUUUUCAUUCUUGAGGAUCUUUUCUAUCUUGAAGAAGUUAACAGAAAUUCAAAUUCUGGUGUGAAUGGGAAGGUGUCAUUUAUUCAACUUUUUGGCAAAUUCUUUGAACAAGAAUUAGGCGCAGUUGGAGCGGACUGCAAUUCGGAGAUGGUAAAUUUUUGUGAAGUACGAGGAGCACAUUUUCUUGAUUUGCCACGGGAACCUCUAGUUCGAUGCACACGCAAUGAGGGCACCCCUAUAGCACCAAGCAUCACAGAGCUACACCAAGCUGGAGUCAAGUUUGAAGUGGGAUCAACCAGACACUUAUUUGGCAUACGAUUUAAUAAUGGAAUUCUGCAAAUCCCAAAAAUUGAAAUUUCUGGUUGUAUGGUGGAUACAUUGAGAAAUAUUGCUGUGUUUGAACAAUGUCAUUACUUGAAUAGCAGGAUAACUGAUUAA